CAAGAAGAAGAAGAAAUAAGAAAGAAGAAGAAGCUGGCGCGAAGCUAAUGAAGUUUCCAUCAGUGACAACAAAGCUUACCUGUAAUGUGCUUCUUUGUGUUGAACAUAGCAGGCAUUAACAAGCCGUCUGAACUGCAGUUAGUCCGGCUGGGGAGACAGAGAGAUGCCUUCACUGAAUCUGAGAGGAGUGACAGUAAAUUUCCCCUUCACUCCGUACGAGUGUCAGAAAGACUACAUGAGUAAAGUGUUACAAUGUUUGCAGGAGAAAUCUAAUGGGGUUCUGGAGAGUCCUACAGGAACUGGCAAAACUCUGUGCCUGCUGUGUGCCACUCUGGCAUGGAGGGAGCACUUCAGGGACUCCAUCUCUGCUCGCAGACUAGCAGACAAGCUGAAAGGACAGGAGUUGUUCCCAAACACACCUCUGGCUUCCUGGGGCACAGCUGCUACUGACGGGGACAAGCCAACCUACUACACUGAUAUUCCUAAGAUCAUCUACGCUUCCAGGACUCACUCACAGCUCGCACAGGUCAUCAAUGAGUUAAAGAACACUUCAUACAGGCCAAAGGUGUGUGUGCUGGGCUCAAGAGAGCAGCUGUGUAUCAACCAGGAAGUAAUGCGUCAGGAGAGCAACCACAUCAAGGUUCAUAUGUGCAGAGGGAAAGUGUCCACCAGGUCAUGUCAGUUCUACAACAACGUUGACGAGAAGAGCACAGACAGAGACUUGGUUAACUCUAUCCUUGAUGUGGAGGACUUGGUCAAAUUUGGCAACAAACAAAGGGUCUGUCCGUACUACCUCAGUCGUUCUCUAAAGCAGCAAGCUGAUGUCAUUUUCAUGCCAUACAACUAUCUGCUGGAUCCAAAAAGCCGCAGGGCUCACAAUAUUGAGCUGAACGGAGCCGUGGUGAUUUUUGAUGAAGCUCACAAUGUGGAGAAGACGUGUGAAGAGUCGACAUCCUUUGACCUGACUCCAUACGAUAUCGCUUCUGCCAUCACUGCUGUGGACCGGCUGCUGGUGGAGCAGGCUAGAGAAGUCAGCCAAAGAGACUCUUUUACAGAAGACCACAAUGUAGAGUCCAUGAGCUCAGGUUUAAAAAUGGAUAUAAGUACAAUUGCUAAAAUCAAACAAAUACUGCUGAAUUUGGAAGCUGCCAUUGAUUCGUAUGAAGUUCCGAGUGACAGAGGCAUCACAAAACCAGGAAUCUUCAUCUAUGAGCUGCUGGAGAGAGCCCAUCUGACCUACAAGACCAAGACAGAGAUCCACGACACUUUGGAGCAGAUCAUUGGAAGCUUAUCUGGAUUGCCAGGAAUUUUCCUCAGUACGGCUGGACUGCAGAAACUGGUUGAUAUGAUACAGUUGGUGUUCUGUGGGGAACCAUCAAAUAAGGACCAACAGAAGCAGAUGGAGUUCAACUCAGCCCAUUUUAAGGUUCACAUCCAUCUUGACAAAAGCUACCAGAAAAAGAAACAGACCCCUGAUUUGUGGUCUGCUCCUUCUUCUUCUUCAAAGAAACAAGGCAACGUUCUGAGCUACUGGUGCUUCUCCCCUGGCUUCAGCAUGCAGGACCUGGUGAAUCAAGACGUUCGCUGUGUUAUUCUGACCAGUGGCACCCUCUCACCCCUGACCUCUUUCACCUCUGAGAUGAGGAUAAAAUUUCCGGUGCUUCUCGAAAAUGGCCAUGUGAUCGAUCGAGACCAGAUCUUUGUGAGCGUUAUUGAUCGAGGUCCAGAUGGAGUUCACCUGAGUUCAGCAUUUGAUCGAAGGUUUAAUCCUGAUAACAUGACUUCUUUAGGAAACACUGUAGCCAACCUUAGCCGAGUGGUUCCUCAUGGCCUCUUGGUGUUUUUUCCUUCCUUCCCUUUGAUGGAGAAAACUCUGGAGUUUUGGAGGGCCAACGGACACACGGAUCGCAUCGAGAACAUAAAGCCCAUGUUUGUUGAACCCAAAGGAAAGGGAACUUUUAACGAGGUUAUGGAUGGGUAUUACAACAAAGUGAAUGAUUCAGCGUCAAAAGGAGGAAGCUUCUUUGCCGUCUGUCGUGGGAAGGCUAGUGAAGGUUUGGAUUUUGCAGACACCUUCGGCCGGGGCGUCAUCAUCACUGGCCUGCCGUUUCCUCCUAAGUUUGACCCCCGGGUCGUCCUGAAGAUGCAGUUUUUGGAUGAAAUGAGCAGAAAAAAAUCUCCAGGAAUGAGGUACCUGUCAGGUCAGGAGUGGUACAAACAGCAGGCCUUCAGAGCAGUGAACCAGGCCAUCGGGAGAGUUAUCCGCCACAAGGAGGACUACGGAGCCAUCUUUCUCUGUGAUCAAAGGUUUAAAAGCUCUGAUGCCAGAGCUCAGCUUCCAUCCUGGGUCAAGCCGUAUGUUCGCCUCUACGACAAAUUUGGGAACGUUGUCCGUGAUGUGUCUCAGUUCUUUCGAGUUGCACAGAAAAUGAGGCCUGUUGUGGUGAAGAUGCCUACACUAGAAACUCUUCCAACCGAAUGCUCAUCAAACACUCCCAGUUUUUCCUCCGGCUCUGCCUCUGAAAGUUACCACACCCAGAAAGCAAAGGCCCUGGAUGCACACCUUCCCAGCCUCAAGAGAAGAAAACUGGAUGAGCAGAGCAGAGCUAACGGAGUGGCUAAACUGUGCAUCGCCUAUGAGAGUGAGGUGCAGCAAAGUCGGAGGAAACCAACCAACCUGCUGGACGCUCUGGAGAGAGGCAACCAGUGCUGGGAGGACGACAAGGACAAUGUUGGAGAGGAAAAGGCCAGCCGCUUGUCCACCUUGACCCUCCAAUACGACAAGAAGAUGGAGGACGAGUUGCGGGGAGGGAAGCGGAAAAUCAAGCUGGUUCAGGAACAGAAAGCGAGUGUCUCCGAGGAUGGGUCAGAGGAGAGUAAGGCCGGCAGGGCCAAACAGUUCCUGGCCGACAUGAAGAAGUCUCUGAGCAAGGUGAGCUUCGACCACAUCGUCCAGGCUCUGCAGAGCUACAAGAAGACGGACGACCUGAGCGUCCUGCUGACAGAGACGGCUGUUUUGGCUGAAGACCCCAACACUCACAGCCUGUUCCGAGGGUUCUACCAGUUUGUUCGUCCGCAUCACAAAAAGACGUUUGAUGAGAAAUGUCAGGAGCUGGUGGGCCAGGGCUGUGGGUUCAAACCGGAGCACUCGCUGUCUAAGGAGGAGAAGAAAGCUGUGAUUCUGCAGACCGCUGCAGAUCACUCAGCGGUGGGAACUCUGAGCUCCAGGUCCACAUGCGGUCAGCUCGACACUCAGCAGCUCAACAGAGGAGGGCACCACCUGAGCCAGCAGGGAUUAAGAGCAGCUCCAUCUGGUUCUGACCAUAAGAGCGAGAUCCACGCUGCCUUCCUGGCCGACGUAAAGCAAGCGCUGGGACCUGAAAGGUCCGCCCAGCUCUUCCAGGCCAUCCACGGCUACAAGAAGACGGACGACUACGACAGCCUGGUGACCACCGUGGUGAGCUUAUUCACAGAGAGGGAUGAGAACUUCCACCUCCUCAUCAGGUUCGGUGUGUUUGUUCGCCCUCGCCACAAGAAGCGAUACAAAGAGAUGCUGGAUGCUCUGGUUGGUCAGCCCGUGUCAGCCGCUGACAGUCCUGCUGUGAGUGAGGAGCAGCUCUCUGCAGCUCCUCUCUCACCACCUCUGAAGACUCAAAGCAAGAUUUCCAGUUUUUUCUCCAACAGUGAAAGAAAGUCUGAUCCUUGACCCUGGACUUUUGUUUCAGAUCAGCCUGAAUAAUUAUAUUGUACAGCAACCUGGACCUGUUUUCCUCUGUGAGGAAAGCCAAUGAAAAUUCAAGUUUUUCGUGUUUUCUGCUUGAUUAAAAUGAGGAAACCAUCUGUGAACUUCAGUGGACAAUA